GCGAGGGGGGCAGGAGACAGCGCGUUAGAGACCUGGACGAGGGAGGCUCAGAGCGAGGCGCAGCUGGUGGGGGCGGUGUGGAAGCCGAGGCACGACCCAGAGCAAGGAGAGGCAGAGACAGAGAACGCCCCUGGCCCGAGACACCCCACCCCCGCCUCCCUUGGACUCCCAGUAGGGACCUGGGCAGAGAGACGCCUUCAAGGGCCAAAAACCCUGGGAGGCAAAUACCCCUGGGAGAUAUUUCCCCCGCCCCAGACUGAGAGCGCCUCCCAGAGUGAGAUCAGGGCAGACAGUCAGAAGACGACGCCCCCCAGGUCUCCAGGGAGGCUUCGGAGCGACCCCAGAGGCGACAGCGCCGUGUGAGGGCCAGGAAGACCUCUCCUUGGUUGGGGGCGAUGGGGACACGGGCCUCGCAUGGCCUCCUCUUCCUACUCUUCCUCCCGCUGCUGCGGCCACGCGGGGCAUCAGCGGGGAGCCUGCAUAGCCCAGGCCUGUCCGAGUGCUUCCAGGUGAAUGGCGCCGACUACCGCGGUUACCAGAACCGCACGGGCCCACGCGGGGCAGGCCGGCCGUGCCUCUUCUGGGACCAGACGCAGCAGCACAGCUACAGCAGCGCCAGCGACCCCCAGGGCCGCUGGGGGCUGGGCGCGCACAACUUCUGCCGUAACCCAGACGGUGACGUGCAGCCAUGGUGCUACGUGGCCGAGACGGAGGAGGGCAUCUACUGGCGCUACUGCGAUAUCCCCACGUGUCAUAUGCCUGGGUACCUGGGCUGCUUCGUGGACUCGGGGGCACCCCCGGCCCUCAGCGGCCCCAGCGGCACCUCAACAAAGCUCACAGUCCAGGUGUGCCUUCGCUUCUGCCGCAUGAAGGGCUACCAGUUAGCGGGCGUGGAAGCUGGCUAUGCCUGUUUCUGUGGCUCCGAAAGCGACCUGGCCCGGGGACGCCCGGCCCCGGCCACCGACUGUGACCAGAUCUGCUUCGGCCACCCGGGCCAGCUGUGCGGCGGCGAUGGGCGACUAGGCAUCUACGAAGUGUCCGUAGGCUCCUGCCAGGGAAACUGGACAGCACCUCAGGGGGUCAUCUACUCCCCGGACUUCCCGGACGAGUACGGGCCAGACCGGAACUGCAGCUGGGCUCUGGGCCCGCCGGGCGCCGCUCUGGAACUCACCUUCCGCCUCUUCGAGCUGGCCGACCCGCCUGACCGGCUGGAGCUGCGCGACGCGGCCUCAGGCAGCCUGCUCCGCGCCUUCGACGGCGCCCGCCCUCCACCGACCGGGCCGUUGCGCCUGCGCACCGCCGCGCUGCUGCUCACCUUCCGCAGCGACGCACGCGGCCACGCGCAGGGCUUCGCACUCACCUACCGCGGACUGCAGGACGCGGACGACUACCCGGCUCCCUCCAAGGGCUCGGCCCAGACCCCUGAAGCAUCCCUCGAAGGGGCCAACGUGAGCUGCAGCCCCCGGCCUGGGGCUCCAGAGGCCGCGACUGGAGCCCAGGUCUUCUCGACGGUGACGGCCAUUUCAGUGAUGCUGUUGCUGCUGCUGUCGCUACUGCGUCUGCUGCGCCGACGGAGCUGCCUGCUGGCUCCAGGUAAAGGACCCCCAGCCUUGGGGCCUUCCCGGAGCUUGGCGAGAAGUUGGGCCGUUUGGUAUCGCCGGCCUCGAGGGGUGGCCCUGCCCUGUCCUCCCGGGGACCCCCAGGUUGAGAGUCUAGCUGUGAGUUACCGGCCUCUGAGUGCCUCCAGCCAGAGUUCUCUGCGCUCGCUCAUCUCUGCUCUCUGACUUGGGACUCCUGGGGUCCAGUGGACCCUUCUACAGUGUGAUGGACUCCUGAGACCCUAUGCCAUACUUUGUCUACCUUGGCCUUCCGCCCUUUUGAGGGCAGUUCGCCCUUUAGUCACCUCGGGGAGGCCAGACGUGGGACAGAAAGCAUCUGGUGCUAUUUUGGGAACUUGGCGUGACCCUCGCGGUCCAGAUGGUCCAGGCCAAAGGGCAAGAGGAAUCCAGCUCCCCUUCUCAUAGACCUGGAUACAGGGGUCUUUGAGCCCCUCUUGGGGUGGUCCUGGACUGCUGCCCACAGUGAAAUGUGAGAGGUCAACAAAAAUGGUCAAAAGACCAGCCAUAGACUUUGAAUAAAGGACGUAUUUUGGUA